GUGGCAGCUGCGGGUGUUGUAGAAUUUUUCGUAAUUUCUCUACAUAUUAAAGAAGUUAUCAAGUCCUAUUUUUCCUUAAUGUAGAAAUAAAUCGAUUGUGUGAGUGAAUAAAUAGCUACGUCAUUAUAAAUCCAUAAAUUAUUUCAUAGAUAUUCGGCCGUUGUCAUUCUCGCUUUCGAGAACGCCAUGUUGAUUGUCAAAAGUGUUUUCCGAUGAGACAGCAGUGAAAAGAAUUUUUUGUGUUAUCAUUUCAGACUGCGAUUUGGAAGAGUCGUGUGUAAUUUAAAUCGGUCUAGUUAGAGUGAAGAUCUAGCAGCCAUGGCGCAAGUAUUGCCUAUUCGGUUCCAGGAGCACCUGCAGCUCACAAAUGUUGGCAUCAAUCCAGCUUCCAUUUCCUUCAACACCCUCACAAUGGAGUCGGACAAGUUCAUCUGCGUCCGGGAGAAAGUCGGAGAGACUGCAGAAGUGGUCAUCAUCGAUAUGGCGGACCCCACCAAUCCUAUAAGAAGGCCGAUCAGUGCUGAUUCAGCUAUAAUGAAUCCGGCCAGCAAGGUUAUUGCACUGAAGGGGAAGGCUGGUGUUGAAGCCCAAAAGACACUACAGAUCUUCAACAUCGAGAUGAAAUCCAAAAUGAAGGCCCACACCAUGACCGAAGACGUCGUUUUCUGGAAGUGGAUAUCCCUGAACACACUUGCCUUGGUCACCAAGAUGUCAGUGUACCACUGGUCUAUGGAGGGCGACUCGACGCCCGUCAAGAUGUUCGACCGGCAUUCUUCGCUCGCUGACUGCCAGAUUAUCAACUACAGGACUGAUCCGAAGCAGCAGUGGCUUCUGCUUGUGGGUAUCUCCGCCCAGCAGAACCGCGUGGUAGGCGCCAUGCAGCUCUACUCUGUAGAGCGCAAGUGCUCCCAGCCCAUCGAGGGUCAUGCCGCCUCCUUCGCCACCUUCAAGGCCGAAGGCAACGCUGAACCUUCGACGCUCUUCUGUUUCGCCGUGAGGACUGCUCAGGGCGGCAAACUCCAUGUCAUUGAGGUUGGGCAGACACCAGCAGGCAACCAGCCCUUCCCGAAGAAGGCUGUGGACGUGUUCUUCCCGGCCGAAGCGCAGAAUGACUUCCCAGUCGCUAUGCAGGUCUCCCCCAAAUAUGACGUCAUCUAUCUCAUCACCAAAUACGGGUACAUCCACAUGUACGACAUCGAAACUGGGACAUGUAUCUACAUGAACCGCAUCUCCUCGGAUACCAUCUUUGUGACGGCUCCCCAUGAGGCCACUGGCGGCAUCAUUGGCGUGAACCGCAAAGGCCAAGUCCUCUCCGUGACCGUAGAAGAGGACUCCAUCGUGCCGUACAUCAACACGGUGCUGCAGAAUCCUGAGCUGGCCCUACGCUUGGCUGUUCGCAACAACUUGGCCGGCGCUGAGGAACUCUUCGUCAGGAAGUUCAAUAUGCUGUUCACUAACGCCCAGUACGGAGAGGCGGCCAAGGUGGCAGCAAUGGCGCCGCGAGGCAUUCUCCGCACGCCGCAGACCAUCCAGCGUUUCCAGCAGGUUCCAACCCAGCCUGGACAAACGUCGCCCCUGCUCCAAUAUUUCGGCAUCUUGCUCGACCAGGCGCAGCUUAACAAGUUCGAGUCGCUCGAGCUUUGCAAGCCAGUCUUGUUGCAAGGUCGCAAGCAGCUGCUCGAAAAGUGGCUGAAAGAGGAAAAGCUAGAAUGCUCCGAGGAGCUGGGAGAUCUGGUGAAGCAAGUGGACCCCACGCUGGCUCUGUCCGUGUACCUGCGGGCGAACGUGGCCAGCAAGGUCAUCCAGUGCUUCGCCGAGACUGGCCAGUUCCAGAAGAUUGUGCUCUAUGCUAAGAAGGUUGGCUACACGCCAGACUACAUCUUCCUGCUACGGUCCGUGAUGCGCACGAACCCCGAGCAAGGCGCCGGCUUCGCUGGCAUGCUGGUCGCUGAAGAUCCACCUCUGGCUGAUAUCAACCAGAUAGUGGACGUGUUCAUGGAGCAGAACAUGGUGCAGCAGUGCACUGCCUUCCUGCUGGACGCGCUCAAGAACAACCGCCCCGAGGAGGGGCCGCUGCAGACCAGGCUCCUGGAGAUGAACCUGAUGUCAGCACCCCAAGUGGCCGACGCGAUCCUCGGCAACGCGAUGUUCACGCGCUACGACCGCGCGCACGUGGCGCAGCUGUGCGAGAAGGCCGGCCUGCUGCAGCGCGCGCUCGAGCACUACACCGACCUGUACGACAUCAAGCGGGCUGUGGUCCACACCCACCUGCUGUCAGCCGAAUGGCUGGUCACCUACUUUGGCAGCCUGUCGGUCGAGGAUUCCCUCGAAUGCCUCAAGGCCAUGCUCCAAGCCAACAUCCGCCAGAACCUGCAGAUCUGCGUCCAGAUCGCUACCAAGUACCACGAACAGUUGACUACAAAGGCGCUUAUUGAGCUGUUUGAGAGCUUCAAGACUUAUGAGGGACUCUUCUACUUCCUUGGGUCCAUUGUCAACUUCAGCCAGGACCCAGAAGUUCACUUCAAAUACAUUCAGGCUGCCUGCAAGACCGGUCAAAUCAAGGAAGUCGAGCGCAUUUGCCGCGAAUCCAACUGCUAUAACGCUGAGCGCGUCAAGAACUUCCUCAAGGAAGCGAAACUACCUGACCAGCUGCCUCUCAUCAUCGUGUGCGAUCGCUUCGACUUUGUACAUGACCUAGUACUGUACCUGUACAGGAACAGUCUGCAGAAGUACAUCGAGAUCUACGUGCAGAAGGUGAACCCCUCGCGUCUGCCUGUUGUCGUGGGCGGCCUCUUGGACGUGGACUGCACAGAGGACAUCAUCAAGAACCUCAUCCUGGUUGUGCGAGGACAGUUCUCUACUGAUGAACUGGUGGCUGAGGUCGAGAAGAGAAACAGACUGAAACUGCUGCUGCCUUGGCUAGAAACGCGAGUGCACGAGGGCUGCAAUGAACCCGCCACACACAACGCGCUUGCCAAGAUCUACAUUGACUCCAACAACAACCCCGAACGCUUCCUCAAGGAGAACCAAUGGUACGAUUCCCGCGUAGUGGGCAAGUACUGCGAGAAGCGCGACCCGCACCUCGCGUGCGUGGCGUACGAGCGCGGACAGUGCGACCGCGAGCUCAUCGCCGUCUGCAACGACAACUCGCUCUUCAAGACGCAGGCGCGCUACCUCGUGCGCCGCCGAGACCAGGAGCUCUGGCUGGAGGUGCUCGCCGAGUCCAACCCGUACAAGCGGCAGCUCAUCGACCAGGUGGUCCAAACAGCUCUCUCAGAAACGCAAGACCCCGAAGACAUUUCCGUGACAGUGAAGGCAUUCAUGACCGCCGACCUGCCCAAUGAGCUCAUUGAACUGCUCGAGAAGAUCGUGCUCGACAACUCCGUGUUCUCAGACCAUAGGAACCUGCAGAACUUGCUUAUCCUCACAGCAAUAAAGGCGGACCGCACUCGCGUUAUGGAGUACAUCAACCGCCUCGAUAACUAUGACGCGCCCGACAUCGCCAACAUCGCCAUCAACAACGAGCUCUACGAGGAAGCCUUCGCCAUCUUCAAGAAGUUUGACGUCAACACCUCUGCCAUCCAGGUGUUGAUAGAACAAGUGAAGGACCUAGAGCGCGCGAACGAAUUCGCCGAGCGCUGCAACGAGCCCGGCGUCUGGUCUCAGCUCGCCAAGGCCCAACUGCAACAAGGCCUGGUGAAGGAAGCUAUCGACUCCUACAUCAAGGCUGAUGAUCCAUCUGCCUACAUGGAUGUGGUUGCUACUGCCACACAGGAAGAGUCUUGGGACGACCUCGUCAGAUACUUGCAGAUGGCCCGCAAGAAGGCGCGCGAGUCCUACAUCGAAUCGGAACUCAUCUACGCGUACGCCCGCACCGGCCGCCUCGCUGACCUCGAAGAAUUCAUCUCCGGGCCCAACCACGCUGAUAUACAGAAGAUCGGAGACAGAUGCUUUGAUGACAAGAUGUAUAACGCUGCCAAGUUGCUCUACAACAAUGUUAGCAACUUCGCAAGGCUGGCUAUUACGCUCGUGCACCUAAAGGAGUUCCAGGGCGCGGUUGACAGCGCACGUAAAGCCAACUCCACACGCACGUGGAAGGAGGUGUGCUUCGCGUGUGUGGACGCCGGCGAGUUCAGGCUGGCGCAGAUGUGCGGCCUGCACAUCGUGGUCCACGCGGACGAACUAGAGGACCUCAUCAACUACUACCAAGACCGAGGACAUUUCGACGAGCUGAUCAGCCUACUAGAAGCAGCACUAGGUCUGGAGCGCGCUCAUAUGGGCAUGUUCACGGAGCUGGCCAUCCUCUACUCCAAGUACAAGCCCGCCAAGAUGCGCGAGCACCUCGAGCUGUUCUGGUCCCGGGUCAACAUCCCCAAGGUUCUACGCGCGGCUGAGCACGCGCAUCUAUGGUCGGAGCUGGUGUUCCUGUACGACAAAUACGAGGAGUACGACAACGCGGCGCUUACCAUGAUGCAGCACCCCACCGAGGCCUGGCGCGAGGGACACUUCAAGGACAUCAUCACUAAAGUGGCAAACAUGGAACUCUACUACCGGGCGAUCCAAUUCUACCUGGACUACAAGCCUCUCCUCCUGAACGACCUGUUGCUCGUGCUAGCGCCGCGCAUGGACCACACUCGCGCCGUGAGCUUCUUCACCAAGGCGGGCCACCUGCAGCUCGUGAAGGCCUACCUGCGCUCCGUGCAGAGCCUCAACAACAAGGCCGUCAACGAGGCGCUCAACUCGCUGCUCAUCGACGAGGAGGACUACCAGGGACUACGAACAUCGAUAGACGCAUUUGACAACUUCGACACAAUCGCGCUCGCGCAACAACUGGAGAAACACGAGCUCACAGAGUUCAGAAGAAUCGCCGCGUACCUAUACAAAGGAAACAACCGGUGGAAGCAGUCCGUGGAGCUGUGCAAGAAGGACGCGCUGUACGCGGACGCCAUGGAGUACGCGGCCGAGUCGCGCCAGCCCGACGUCGCCGAGGAGUUGCUCGACUGGUUCCUGCAGCGCGACAACUACGAGUGCUUCUCCGCGUGUCUCUACCAGUGUUACGACCUAUUGAAACCCGACGUUGUUAUCGAAUUGGCGUGGAGGCAUAACAUCAUGGACUUCGCCAUGCCCUUCCUUAUCCAGACUGUCCGCGAACUGACGACGAAAGUGGAGAAACUCGAGGAGGCGGACGCGAAGCGCAGCACAGAGAGCGCCGAGAACGACACCAAGCCCGCCAUGAUGAUGGAGCCGCAGCUCAUGCUCACCGCCGGUCCGUCGAUGGCGUACCCGGGCGUGCCGGCGGGGUCGCCCUACGCCUACGCCGCGCAGGCGCCGUCGCCCGCGCCCUACCACGGCUACGGCAUGUAGGGCUCCGCGCUCCCGGGACCCGAGCACAAGUGAGCGCCCCCAGGCCCGCAGGGCCCACUAGGAACCAACCGAUACAUACAUUAUGUCUGAUACUCACUUUUAUCUCAGCUCUAAAAACAACUCUUCGGAAUAUUUGUCGGUUGAUAAUAUCGCAUGUGCCGUUCUCGAGCGAGAUAUCCACCACGUUGUCGCUUAACCCUGAGGACGUUCUGACGGGUGCAUUUUACUCGAGAAUGUCACUUUAUUACUGACGUUCUCACUUAUAAAAAAAUACUUUUGAAAAUACUACCUUUGGUAGACUAUUGUAGGACUGAGAUAAAAAUGACCAAAUUUUAGAUUUACGAUAGGGAUGAACGUUACGUCUCUCGCUGUUCUCGACUAGAAAACGGGAGAGAACGUAUAAGCUCCUGAAGUGUUCGUUAAACGCGAAUCGCGUACAUAAUAUCUUAAAAUAUGAACACAGAACAUGUUUUUUGACGAAUUUGCAUAUUAUCGUAAAAAUGAGAUUCAUCUCCCGUCGUAAAUCUAGAUAUAUUGAGACGUAAAAAUAACAUUCGAAAGCGAGUAGCGCUACAGAAAAAUCAAUCGUUAUUUAUCGUUCAUUGCAAAAUUCCAAUGGAGUCCCGGGCCCUCGGUCUCGUUGAUAUAAAGACGCGAGACACUAUGCACUUGCGACGCGGCACCGUUCCGUCGACGUCGGCUAUGUACGAUAGACAGAACUCCCACUCUUACCGAGGCUUAAGUUACGCUCUAGUAUUCU